CCUCGUCCCUGAGCACAGUCUGCCAGGCUGAGCCCUCCUGCAGAUCCUGGAGCAGCCUCUACCUCUCGCUGCCCGUCUACCUGAGACACAGAGGGGCUCACACCUGCUCAGCCGAGCACUCGCAACCUGGCAGUGCUUUCAUCACAAUGCCAGCCCCCGCUAAGCGCUCGCCCCCGACGCCGCCAAAGAGGAUGACCCCCGUCACAAAGCGCCAUUCUGCGGACCCCUCGGCCCCCGAUAAGGACCCCUCUCCCCCCGUCGCUGAACCAGCCUCUGCACCACCGCCCCCUGCUGUCCAUAGAGGAGAACACACAGAGGAGGUCUCAAACACUCCCCUCAGCCACUCUGAAACGCUGCCUUUCCCGCCCUCCCACAUCCCUCCAUCCCCCCCCAGGGUUCAUUCCCUUCAGCACCCCCCCUCACCGUUCCCACGGUGCAGACUGACCCCCCCAGCCCCACCACGAAGCCCCCCAGCCAGCCUCCAGCCAUCCCCCUGCACAUCCUGAUCCAGAGAGCGCUGAACAGCCCCGGCCUGUCUCAGCCCCACCCUGAGGGGUCCCAGAGGGCCCACUCCCUGCUGUUUGAGUCUCCCCCUGACUUCCUCUCGGAGGCGGGGCCCACCAGGAACUCCCUCCCCAUCACCAUCGAGCCCCUCAGGC